CCCAAAAAAAAAAAAAAGGUCCAACACCGCGAGUCUAUCCGAUCCUUAAUAUUAUCAUCUCUCUCUGUUUGCGUUCCUAUUUCAUCUAACUCGUACGGUCGGAUAUUCCGUUGGAACCAAAAAAACCAGUUUAAUCUGUUUGUAUUUUUCUUAUUAUUAUAUAUAGUUUUAAUUUUAUUUCAGAAGAAAAAAAAAGGUUUCGGAUCUGAGAGGGGUGCGAUGGAUUUUAUACGACAAUGAUGAAAGCAGCAAUCAUUCUUCUGCGGCUCUGAAAAUUCGAUUCUCUUUCGGUUUCCUUGUUGUUUUGCCUUUUCGAUUUAAUUAAUGCUUCAAAUCUGACGCCAUGAGGAAGAAGCUCGAUACCCGUUUUCCUGCUGCCCGGAUUAAAAAGAUUAUGCAAGCUGAUGAAGAUGUUGGGAAGAUAGCAUUAGCAGUGCCUGUUUUAGUGUCUAAAGCGUUGGAGCUAUUUUUGCAAGACCUUUGUGACCGUACCUAUGAGAUAACCCUGCAAAGAGGAGCUAAAACCAUGAAUGCAGUGCAUCUAAAGCACUGUGUACAGAGCUAUAAUGUGUUUGAUUUUCUGAGGGACAUCGUCAGCAGAGUUCCUGACUAUACUCAUGGUCAUUCUGAUGCUGCUGCCGAUGACCGAACCCUUUCAAAAAGAAGAAAACCACCAGGUGAUGAAGGCAUUGACAGUGAUGAAGAAUUGAAGAGGAGCAAGAUGCUUGAGAUAAAAAAUAGCAGUAGCAGCGGCAGAGGAAGAGGUCGGGGUCGGGGUCGAGGCCGUGGACGUGGUCGGACCACUGAAAGAGACACUUCGCACCAUGAGACUGAAUCUGAUCCGUGCACAUCUCUUCGGCAGAUCACUGAACCUAAUCCUAACCCUGGAAUGGUGGUGGAUGAUGUUUCCGAGUCAAAGGAUAUAUUGAAAGAAAAUGUCAUUGCCCCUGAUGAAUCUGAUCCAGCAGUUAGAAACUUUGAUCUGAAUGCCGAUGUUAAUGAUACUGAUGACACAAAAGCUGCCGCAACAGCAGCCCAAGCUUCUGCAACAGCAGCCCAAGCUUCCGCAACAGCAGCCCAGGCUUCCGCAACAGCAGCCCAAGCUUCCGCAACAGCAGCCCAAGCUUCCUCAACAGCAGCCCAAGCUGCCCCAACAGCAGCCCCAGCUGCCCCAUCGGCAUCCCAAGCUGCCCCAACGGCAGCUCAAGCCUCAUCAGCUGGACCUAUCACCGAGCCUAAACAUGAAGAAUAUCCUGGGUGGUCUCUCUCUGAUGUGGAUGGAAUGGCCAUUGAUCCUAUUCAACUUGCAAAUCUCAGCAGAAGGCUAGAUGAGGAUGAGGAAGAUUAUGAUGAAGAGGGCUAAAUUCCACUCAAUGGCUUAUUGUCCCAAAGUAGGGUAGCGGGAUCAAGAUCAGUGGAAAGCUCUUGAAGGAAAACUAAAUAAAAGUAUACAAAAGCUGGAAUAGCGACCUAAUUGGAGAUGAAAUGGCCAGGGCACUUUGUCCCAACGAAGAGUCCGAAUUUCUCUUCCUGUCCAAUGGUAGUAUCGUAGCAUUUCCUAACAUCCAUUUCCAGAGGUAGCAUUUCCGUGACGAUGGCAGAGAGGAUAGCCUUUGCAAAUUGACUCUUAGCAGUGUAUGAAGAAUAUGGCACCCUUGAAUAGCGGUGGAUUGCCCUAUGAGUGGUUUGCCUUUUUAAUUUACUGUGUUUGUUACAGAUUUUCAGUACAAGUAGUAGCUUGCUCGUCGUUAUCGUGUGGAAGGUAAUAGUUCUGUUAGCCCUUUCAAUUAAUCUUCUGACCAGUGAAUUGGAUUUUCUUUUCC